GUUCACGAAGCCGACGUCAAGGCCCGCCUACAACUAGCGAUUGGCUGUUGGAGCCAGAGCCACACGAUGAUUGGAGAGUCUGCGCCUGGCGGAAGCGGGGCAGGCCGGCGGGAGGAGGGGGUCGCGGGCAGCUGGACCAUGGCAGCCGCACCGCCGCUGCGGGAUCGCCUGAGCUUCCUGCACCGGCUCCCAAUUCUCCUGAAGGGAACCUCAGACGAUGAUGUCCCAUGUCCAGGAUACCUGUUUGAAGAGAUUGCUAAAAUCUCCCAUGAAUCAGUGGGCAGCAGCCAGUGCCUACUGGAAUACCUCCUGAACCGCUUGGACAGUAGUUCUGGCCAUGUGAAGCUCAAGGUGCUGAAGAUUUUGCUCUACCUGUGCAGCCAUGGCUCUUCCUCCUUCCUGCUCAUCCUUAGGCGCAACUGUGCUCUCAUCCAGGAAGCCACAGUUUUUGCAGGACCCCCAGAUCCUCUCCAUGGGAACAGCUUGUACCAGAAAGUUCGAGCAGCUGCCCAGGACCUGGGCAGUACCUUAUUCUCUGACGCUGUGCCACUGCCUCCCUCCAAGCCUGCCAGGGCCCUGCCCUCCACAGGCAUGGGCUCCCAGUCCAGGCCUCUCAGCAGUCUCCAGGGUUUUGGUUACAGCAAGGAACGGGGCCAUGCAGGCUCUGCGGGUGAAGCUUUCCUCUCCACCAUCCAGAGGGCCGCAGAGGUGGUGGUUAAUGCCAUGCACCCUGGGCCUGAGAAUUCCUGGACCCAGAGGUCUCUGCCACAAGGCGACACUUACCAGCCUGCCAUGACACCUUCAGGGAGCCACAGCCAUCCUGCCUCAGGAAACCUGCUUCCUGGGGUCAUCCCAGGUUCUCGAGCUGUGAGACACCAGCCAGGGCAGGCUGGAGGGGGCUGGGAUGAGCUGGACAGCAGCCCUGGCUCCCAAAGCUCCUCCCGGAACAGUGACCAGAGCCGGGCCUCAGACUCAGGCAGUCGAUCGGGCAGUGAUAGCCACUCAGGGACCAGUCGGGAGCCAGGUGACCUGGCAGAAAGGGCUGAAGCCAUGGCUCUGAGUGACUACCAGCAGGAGCUGAGCCUGGUAAGGACCGUGACACAGGGACCCCGUGCCUUCCUGAGCCGUGAGGAGGCCCAGCACUUCAUAAAAGAGUGUGGGCUGCUCAACUGUGAGGCAGUGCUGGAGCUGCUCCUCGGCCAGCUGGGCACAGCCAGUGAGCUCGAGCAGAUGAGGGCCCUGUGUGCCAUCGCCUCCCUGGGUUCCACCGACCUUCUUCCCCAGGAGCACAUCUUCCUCCUCUCUCAGCGGUGGCUGCAGGAGCUAAGCAUGGGCAGCCCUGGGCCUGUGACCAGCAAGGCUACGAAGAUCUUAAGGCAUUUCGAAGCCUCGUGUGGACAGCGGUCCCCAGCCCUAAGGCCCUGUGCCGAGUCCAGCCCCACAGCUACCCUUGAGGGCCCAUCUGACCUGCUCACUGGCCCUGUGCCUCCCUCUGGGGCCCAGGUCUUCCUCCAGCCUCUAAACUCCACCCCCGUCUUGCCGGGCAGCCCUGCACUCACCCCAGCUCCAGAUACCAGCUCCCUCACAACCCCUGGACAUGCCAGCAAGGCCGAGACCCCACCAGGAGCUUCCAGAGAGCAGGGGGCACAGCCUGGGCAGGGCUUGGGGUACACAGACACCCCAAAGGAUGGCCCUAGCUGUUAUCCAUGGAGCCAUGGCUCCUUGUUUGCUGGCAUGGAGCUGGUGGCCUGCCCCCGCCUGGUGGGGGUUCAGGCUACAGCAGAGGAACCCAACCAGGUCCCCCAAGCCCCCCAAACAUGGGCCCAGAGGGCGGCAGCCACAGAGCCUCCAGGCCCAGAUUUGUCAGCCUUUGCCUUCUUGAACAAGUGACCACAUGGGGCUCUCUGUAUACAGGGGCCUCCUUGUCCGCAGUUUGUGGCUCCCAGGACCCCAUGACCUCCUGCUGGCAGCCACCUACCCCACCCACUCCAUCUAGACCCUUUAGCCACUGAGGCCUGGGUGCAGGAGCCUUGGCAGUUGGUGCAGUUAUUCAUGGCCCGGCAUGGAGAGCAGUGAGCACAGGAUGUAGCUGCGAGGAAGGGGCUUGGUCUGUGCCCCCAAAGUUGUCUCAUGCGCACCAUGCCUCAAGGGACAGCUCCCUGACCAUGCAAGCAGGAUAGAGCCUCCUCUUCAGGCAAGGGGCAGGGCUCACACAGGCCAG